UCAUCAUCAAACUUUCUUGACUCAAUAACUGUUUCUGAAGUUGAAGUUCAAUCUUUGUUAUCCAGUUUGUCACCCUCUAAGGCUAUUGGGCCUGAUGGCAUACCAGCAUAUCUUUUAAAGCGCUGUUCCGAAGUCAUCGCUCCGUCUUUAACAGUUUUCUUCGAGUUGUCUCUUCAGCAGGGUGUAUUUCCUUCUGAAUGGAAAUCUGCUAAUGUGGUUCCAAUACCUAAGAAAGGUGACGCUCA